UGUUUUGCAUUCUUAGCAACCAAAUAUUUCUUCUCUCUUUCUCUGCUACCUUGUUUACGUGCCUUUGACACAUGAAGAUUAUUAACUCUGUCUUCUUUGCAUGCUUUUUCAUGUUUUUAAUCACUUUGUAUAUUGAUCAAACCUCUCUUUCAAGUCUUUCUCAUUCUAUACUGCAUAUUUGAACACAAGAGUUUCCUGAGUCAUCAGUAGUAUUGAAUCAUCACAGAUAAUGUUUUCAAUGAGGUUUUGGAUGCUAGCUUUUGUGUUGAUCAUAUCAGAAAUUUUUGGAGCUUCUUUGAAUAUAGUUGAAGGAAAGCCUCAAAGGAUUCUUUUGGAUACAGAUGUUGAUACUGAUGAUUUAUUUGCACUUCUAUAUCUUUUGAAGCUCAAUAGAUCAGAGUUUCUAUUAGAGGGAGUGACUCUGAGUGCAAAUGCUUGGACAAAUGCUGGGCAUGCAGUGAAUCAAGUAUAUGACAUACUUUACAUGAUGGGGAGAGAUGACAUUGCUGUUGGAGUGGGAGGUGAAGGUGGAAUUCUCCCAAAUGGUACCAUACUUCCUAAUGUUGGUGGAUAUCUUCCAAUUAUAGAACAGGGAAUGACAACAGCAGGAUAUUGCAGAUACAGGCAGGCCAUACCUGUUGGUUUUGGAGGUCGCUUGGAUAUCGACACUAACCUUGGCAUCCGUAAAGCUUUCCUUCCACAGGGAAAAAGGAAAUAUACUCCGCUACGACAACCAACUACUCAGCAAGUUCUGAUUGACAAAAUAUCUGCAGGUCCUAUAACUCUGAUUGUGACUGGCGCGCAUACAAAUUUAGCCAUUUUCCUUAUGAAUAAUCCACACCUAAAGAAAAAUGUGGAACAUGUUUACAUCAUGGGUGGUGUUAUAAGGUCAAAAACUUGUUGCACCAAAAAUGCUUCAUCUUCUUGCAUACCAAGCAAAUGUGGUGACACCGGUAAUGUGCUCACAAAUUACAAUGCUAACCCAUAUGCAGAGUACAACAUAUUUGGAGACCCUUUUGCGGCAUAUAAGGUGAUUCAUUCUGGUAUUCCUAUUACCCUUGUUCCUCUUGAUGCAACAAACACAAUCCCCAUAAGUGAAGAAUUCUUUGAUGAAUUUGAAAAGAGUCAAGACACAUACGAGGCACAAUACUGUUUCAAGUCCUUGAAAAUGGCUCAUGAUACUUGGUUUGACAAUCAAUUUUAUACGAGUUAUUUUAUGUGGGACUCUUUCACAAGUGGUGUAGCAGUUUCAAUCAUGAGGAACUCUAAUAGAAAGAAAGGGGAAAAUGAAUUUGCUGAAAUGGAGUAUAUAAACAUAACUGUAAUUACUUCAAACAAACCUUAUGGUAUAUCUGAUGGCUCCAAUCCCUUAUUUGAUGGCCUUAAAGUUCCUAAAUUCAAUCUUAAGAAAGGUGGUGUGCAUAGUGGUCAUAUUCAACAAGGACUAACAGAUCCAUUUUGCUUUGUCAAGAAUGGCAAAGGGAGAUGUCAGGAUGGUUAUACAAAAGAGGUGAAUGGUCAGGAGUCAGUGAAGGUACUUGUUGCUACAAAAGCAAAGCCUAACAAGGAUAUAAGGAGCUCACUUGAUAGAGAAUACUUCAAAAGCUUCUUAAAUGUUCUAAAGCAACCACAACAAGCCGGGAAGUUCAAUUUCACAACACAGUUUCCUUACUAUGAAGAAGUAACUCAUAAGCCAGAUUUUUGGAACAAAAUACUUGGGAAACCUGUUGUGUUUGACAUGGACAUGAGUGCAGGAGAUUUUCUUGCUCUAUCUUACCUCCUUAAAGUUCCUGUUGAAGUGAUCAACCUUAAGGCAAUCAUUGUAAGUCCAACAGGGUGGGCAAAUGCAGCAACAAUAGAUGUAAUCUAUGAUUUACUGCAUAUGAUGGGUCGUGACGAUAUCAAAGUUGGUAUUGGUGAUUUUUUUGCAAUGAACCAAUCAAAUUUCUCACCUGUUGGAGAUUGCAAGUAUGUUAAAGCCAUUCCUCACGGAAAUGGUGGCUUUCUUGACUCUGACACUCUCUUUGGACUUGCUCGUGAUUUGCCUCGUAGCCCCAGAAGGUACACAGCAGAAAACUCUAAAAAGUUUGGAGCACCUAGAGACACUGAUCACCCUGAACUCAGACAACCGCAAGCUAUGGAAAUUUGGGAAUCUAUAUUGCAAACAUUGAAACCAGGGUCUAAGGUUACAGUAUUAACCAAUGGACCGUUGACUAAUUUGGCGAAGGUUGUAUCAAUUAAAAACAUAAGCUCCAUAAUUCAGGAGGUUUAUGUAAUGGGAGGACAUAUCAGCAGGAGUAGCAAUGACAAAGGAAAUGUAUUUUCUGUUCCUUCCAACAAGUAUGCAGAAUUCAAUAUGUUCUUGGAUCCUUUAGCAGCAAAGACAGUGUUUCAAUCAGAAGUUAACAUCACACUCAUUCCACUCGGUAUCCAGCGCAAAGCAAGUUCAUUUUCAAGUACUUUAAACUGGCUUAGUCGGACAGAAAAAACACCAGAAGCAGUGUUUUCCAAGCGUCUUCUGUCAAGGCUACGCCGUUUGAAGAAAAUCCACCACAGAUAUCACCAUAUGGACACAUUCUUGGGGGAAAUUCUAGGUGCUGUUGUCCUAGCUAAUGGUCAUUCAAGUCUUCUAGAUGCAAAAUUUGAGUUAAAAUCUGUGAAACUCCUAGCAGAAGGGAUUGAAUCUACUGAUGGAAAAAUGGUGGUGGAUGAGAAAUAUGGAAAAUUAGUGAGAAUUUUAAGACAUGUUGAUGCCAAGACUUAUCAUGAAAUAUAUGCAAAGAGGCUAGGUGAUCCGAACCAAUCAGCUAAAGUAGGAAGCUUCAAAGAACAGAAGAGGAAAUGGAGUCAUCCACAUGAUAGAAGUUUAAAGGCCAUUUGUUCAUGAUUGUGAAUAUUUUCUUAUUUUACAAACUAUAGCUUUUAACAUGUGAUUGAUACUAGUUCAAAAAAUAAUAAUAAAUAUAAAGAGAUUUUAAAAAA